UCUCCAGAGAGAUGGGAGAUCCCUCCUAGUUUAAUUCAUACCUUGAUUUCAUGAUUUCUUUUAAAUGAGAGUCAUAUUGAUAAAAAUGCAAAUACCUGAGAACAGAGGCUUGUGGGAUUUUUCUUUUCAUGUUACACGAACAUUUAAGAGCCUCCCGGUUUCAGAUAAAAACUCUAGAAGCCUCCAUCACCACAUUUCCUGUUUGUAACUGAACAAAGUACACACAAAAGAUUAUAAGAAACAGAAGAGAAAAAACUGAGGUACAGAUAAAGACAGUUUUAUGGUCACGCUGUUUCUAACAUAACAGAGCAACAUCACUUAGAAAAAAGUUGGUGGGAGUAUUUUUAAUCCAUACAUUUGCCUUAUGAUUACAUGAGGAUUUCUCUGAGAGGAGAAGCAUGUCAGGAAACCCUGAAUGCCACUUUUACGUCUGGGCAAUUCUAGCCUUCUUGGUUUUAGCUCUGGUUGUAUCACUGCUCUUCAAUAUUUCCUACUAUGUGGAAAAGCAGCGGCAACGAGAUAAAACAUACAGGUACUCCGAAGACUACAUUCCCAGGGAGGAUGAGUAUUACAUUGAAGACACACCAAUUUAUGGUAACUUAGAUACCAUGGUCUCAGAACCAAUGGAUGAAAAUUGCUAUGAACAAAUGAAAGCCCGACCGGAGAGAUCUGUGAAUCAACUGCAAGAAGCCACGGCACCUGCACAGGCAACCAAUGAGGCACGGAUGUUCUACGCCUCACUGGCUCCCAGCCAGGAGAGGAAGCACAGGAAGCCCAGGAAACACGAUGCUUAUUUGUCAGACAAGGAUGGAGAUGAGCAGUUACACGCAAGGAAGGCCAGCCUUUCUAAGACCUCUUUGGUAGACAGUUUCCCACCCGAGAGCCAGGCAGUAGAGGAAGACAUUCAUGAUGAUCCCAUCAGGCUGUUCGGACUGAUUCGUGCAAAGAAAGAACCUACAAACCAGAUGGACUAUGAUCUAGCUCAAUGAUUGGCUGUUAUUGGAGAUAGUUGUUAAAAAGAACAAAAUCCCCAUACGACACAGCAUAAUUUGGCAGGAU